ACGUGUCGAUAUCGUUUAAGUCGUUGAUGUUUCCUGGUCGUCAGUCACUCGAGAAUUCAGUUUGUGUUCACCGUUUAUCCUCAAUUUUUGUUAAAUCGUGAUAUUUGAAUCGCGAAGUGCGUGUAGGUUGAUUGGAAACAAAGAAAAAAGAGAAACGGAUCCAAAUGCAGUAUUUGAGUAGUAGGAUUAAACGCUCUCCAAGCGAGCAAUUUCAUAUACCGCGGACUAAAUAGUCAGUCUGGUUUGGUAUAGCAAAGAAUGGAUUCCUAGCAUAAGGGUACUCAACGUAAAUUUAGCGUUGACGUCGACGUUGUUUGCGUUAAGGAUAUAUUACCGAUAUAUUCAUCAUGAAACGAAGUGUGGAUGGGCGAAAUAUCACACAGGAGGAGAUAGAAGACCAUGAUCCCUUACAAACGCAACAGCAACAGGAUGAAGCUGAACAGCAACAACAACUAGAACAACAGACUGCUCAACCUCAAAUUCGUUUCCUAAGUGCAAAUGUUUUGCAACAGUUACAACAACAGCAAGAUGUUCAACAACAAACACAACAACAACAGCAGCCACAAGUUAUUACUUUGCAGCAAUUGCAAAAUUUUGUGCCUUUACAGACUCAACAACCACAACAUGAUCAACAAAGAGCACAAACCAUUUCUGUUCAAUCUUUACCUCAACAAUUUUUACAGGGUGCUCAGUUGAUCAGUACUCAGACUCAGGCUGCACUUCAGCAGCAGCAACAACAAACACAGCAGCAGCAGACACAACAACAGCCGCAACAACAGCAACAACCACAGCAGCAACUUAGUUAUAGUGUUAUACCACAGAUGCAAACUGUUAACAUAGAUGGUCAAGAAGCACUUUUCAUUCCAUCCUCUGCCAUGUCUGCUGCAGGGGGGCAUCAUCAAAGCCAACCCACAAUGCAAUUUGCCACUGCUAAUGGACAACAAGUUCAACUUGCAAGUCAGCAAGUACAGCUGGCUAAUGGUCAGACUAUUAUUACACCACAGCCAGUUAGUUUAAUAAGAUCACCCAAUGUCUUUCCUUCUAUCAUACAAAAUAUCACUGGACAAACUGUACAAUUACCAACAGGACAAAGUGUGCAAGUUAGGCCACUCCAGUUUCCUAUGCAGCAUGUUCAACAAACUGUGCCUGUGCAAGUACCGGUCACUGCUAGUAAUGGGCAAACAGUAUAUCAAACUGUACAUUUUCCUGUUCAAGCGCUGUCUAGUGUUUUCAAUGUGCCUGCCACACAAAUGAUACCACAAAUCACGCAACAAAUUCCACAAGUAGCUCAAAUAAUCACACCAAAUGGGCAAAUUCAGCAGGUUCAAAUUGCUAACUUACCUCAACUUCAAAGUUUGCAAAGUCAGCAGGUAACUCAAGUUGCACAGCAAGUUGCUCAGCAACAAGCACAACAACAAGUAGUGCAACAACAAGCUCAACCACAAGUAGUACAGUCUGUACAGCAGCAACAGCAACAACAAGCGGCACAAGCUCAGGUACAGCAACAGCAGCAACAACAAGUACAACAAGUUGUACAACAAGUCAUACAACAGCAGCAGCAGCAACAGCAAGUUCAACAAGCACAGCAACAAUCAUCUGCGCCAUCGUCUACUGUAGCGACCUGGAGUACGACAGUAACAACUCCAAGCAACGUUCAAGUACUCGGAAUAGGUGCACUUGGAAGACCAAUGCAAGGGGGUAGUAACGUAAUUACUACAAAAGAUGGGCAGAAAAUUGAUGUACAAACGUUAUCAGCUUUAACAAGACCACCAGAGACAGUUGAAGGUGAUAUAAAAGUAACUAGUAUUGAUGCCAGACAAUUAGCCAGUGGUCAAGUUAUACAUAUUUCUGCUGCCCAAUCAACGCAGUCUGCUGUUCAACCUAUAACAAUUGCAGGAACACAAGCUCAACAGCUAACUUUAAUUCCUGCAUCUGCGUUAGCAAACUUAACUGCCCAGCAAGGUAACAUGAUGAGGAGCGUUGGUAGUGGGAGUAUAAUGCAACUUCAACCUGCUGGCGGAAUGAACGCUACAAAUGGUUUUCUUCAGUCGAUACCUGUGCAAAAUAUUCCAGGUCUGGGUAAUGUGCAAGUUAUACCUGCGAGCGCUCUACAACCCGCCACUGUUCAGACAUUACCUGCGACAGCUGCUGCGCCUAUUGUCGCUGCCCCAACCGUGCAAUUAGAUUCAAAUGAUCCGACAAAAUGGCAAAUUUUACAAACUCUUCAGUCAAACAAUACAUUAACAACACCCACUCCCACGUCGCAUCAGCAUCAAGUAACCACUGCAACAUCUGCGAAUAUCGAAACCGAUUCUAACAAACAGCAUCGUAGAAGGGUCGCAUGCACGUGUCCUAAUUGUGGUGAUGGUGAUAGAAAUAGAGACAUGACUAGGAAACGGCAACAUGUUUGCCACAUACCAGGUUGCAAUAAAGUAUAUGGGAAAACAAGUCACCUCCGAGCUCAUUUGAGGUGGCAUACUGGAGAACGACCAUUUGCUUGUAGUUGGACAUUUUGUGGUAAGAAAUUUACUAGGUCGGAUGAGCUUCAGAGGCAUCGUAGAACUCACACUGGUGAAAAGAGAUUCCAAUGUCCCGAAUGUACUAAAAAAUUCAUGCGAUCGGACCAUUUGACAAAACAUAUAAAAACACAUACAAAAAUUCGCAGUACGGAAGCAGCUACGUCAACUCAGGAAGGUUCUUCCGACAGUCAAUCUUCCACGGAAGAGAAAAUUAUUAUCGCUCUACAUAAAGACACGGAACAAUCUGAUAUCGUUAUUUCCGAACAAAUGGACGAAAUAAAACCUCAACCAACGAAUCAUGUAACAAAUGAAUAAAAAGAAUUCAUG